CCGUCCUCAGUGUAGGUACCCACACAGACCUGCCAUGUGCUUACUCCAGUAGUGUACCUGUACCCACGGACAACUACAUGUGUAUGUGUGGGAAGGUGCCACAUGUGAUUCACACAUACACACAGUAGUACUACAGGGUGGAAUUGUUCUGAGGCGUGUCUAUCGGCCAGUGUUAUUGUGGGAGAUACAGCAGAGGAUUGUGUGCACCCUGGGGACCGGGUCAGCAUGUGGAGUGAUGUGGGACCGCCCCACCCUACCCAUCACCUCUGCUACCUCCUCACCCUCCUCCUCUCCCUGCUGUUCAUCCUCCGUAUCUUCAUCUACCACCACCCUGCAUAGACCCAUACCUCUACCCUUAAGUGUUGCUCAGGACAAGGACUGGCUACUCAUUCGUACAAAGAUGCCUGUCUGCAUCUGGCCUGAUACCUGUCUCUUGGGAUGUGCCCUUAAUGAUGUUGGUCUCCCGGGGAGUAAAGUUUCCAUGGUACAGCCUCCCCUUCCGGGGUUUGUGAUGUACAACGGUGAACACCUAUCACAACCUCCUCCGGCUCAUAUGGGUAUACCUCCAAUGCACAUAGAUCCAAAGACAGGGUUACCCAGACCACCAAUGUAUGCUUACCCAACCCCCUCACAGUUCCCACCCAGUUUAUAUGGUCCAGACCUGUCUCAAGUGCAAUGGCCAAGACAAGGGUACCCCAUCUCCUCAGGUGCCUUCACCGGGGCAUACCCACCUACAUUAUUAAACUCAAGUGCAUUAUCACGGUUUGGUCACCCCGGCCUAUUCCCACCCCCAGGCAUUUCCCACCCUGGUAUGCCUCACCCCACCUUAAUGUCACCAGCCAACAAACAGGAUGGGGGACAGCAACCCCACGGCCAAGACAGAAUGCAUGACCAAGGGGGCAGUGGCCACAGUCAGCGAGAAGAACAAGAAAAGAAGAAACCUCAUAUAAAGAAACCUCUUAAUGCCUUUAUGUUAUUUAUGAAAGAGCAACGGGCCAAAGUGGUAGCAGAAUGUACAUUAAAAGAAUCUGCAGCAAUAAACCAAAUUUUAGGUAGAAAGUGGCAUGCACUUGAUAGGUCAGAACAAACUAAAUAUUAUGAAAUGGCAAGGAAAGAAAAAGAACUUCAUUUACAACUGUAUCCCGGCUGGAGUGCUAGGGAUAACUAUGCUGCACACACUAAGAAAAAGAGGAAAAAGAGAGACCCCCAAUCAGGCGGUGCAGAUUGUACGAUUGCAAAAAAGUGUCGAGCGCGUUAUGGUCUAGAGCAGCAGGGACAGUGGUGUAAGCCUUGUCGAAGAAAAAAGAAAUGUAUUAGAUACAUGCUCGAAGAUGGAGUCGAAUACGUAACUGACGGGGAAGAUGGUCCAAUGAGCGACGACGUGACCACAGGAGACUCUGUGCAUGACAGUGACUCCAUGGUAGGGAGUCCGUUACUUUCAGUAACAAGUGAUGAUGCAUUUUCUACGCCAUCAAAGUCUUUCUGCCAAAACUCGCCACCGUCCUGUUUGGACCUCGGGGACCAAGGCGAGGACCUGGACUUGACAUUAAAGCCUGUUGAUGAUGGUGUUGUAAGGGAGCCCCUGCAUCCCCAGUCACUUAACCUAAAUGACAGUCGGCGGUACGGCCUAGACGGAGACCUAAACGUCACACUGACUAUGUGUACAAGCCCAGUCAAACCAGUGCCUACAGCAGUAUACCUAUCCUCUAGCAGUCAAUAGGUGGGAUCAAGUCUUCAUUCUCAUUGAUCAUGUAUCACUUUGUGUUAUUGUACAUAGGAACAUGUAGAUGCAAGUGUACAGCAUAAUACCGAGAUCUCAUACUAUUGAUGUCACUAUAAUUGGUACUGUAUUCCCUUCAUUAGUCAUCUAGCCCCGGAGUUGUUACAUUUGUGCGUGUGGAGGAGGGGUGGCUGUUGUGUGAUGGACCCUCCAUGGCCACUGCUGUGCAGGGGCAAACUUUAAAGGAGUGGUGUAUCACUGAUCGGCAAAACGGCCAGUACCGUUGUGGAUUUCCUUUACGUCAGAACCACACUUCUGGUGACCAUUAUAUGGCACAACAAACAGGACGCCAAAGCAUGUCUGUCGGGCUAUUGAUAGAUAUGGUGAUCACAGUUGCCAUGGUUACAAAAUAUUUAUACCACCCAGGAUCGCGAAAUGAAAUGACAUUGCUAAGCUGUGUGGUUACUAUAGUGAUAGCCUUCAGGAAGUUGAGAACUCUCAUUUUUAUGAUAAAAGGUGUACGAAAGAUUUUUUUUUUUUUUUUUUUUUUUUACAAAUAUAUACUUGUGAAACAGUUAUUUUAUUGUUAAAAAGUCUACAAUAUGCGAAAGUUUUUAAAAGUAUUUAUAGGUAUACAAAUUUUAGUGAUUUUAGAACUUUAGAAUACAUAAUAUAUCAGUAAUUGGUUGGUCUUUUUAAACAACAAUAUUAUGUGAAUUUUAUCUGUUUUCUGGUAUGUGUUCUGAAGGCUAUAUUGUACACAGAGGCAAAUGUAACUCUCCCUCCCUUGUCUACACUGUUGUUGUGGUAUUAUUCAUUGACAGUCAUUAUGUGUGGUAGGUGUUUUCACAAUAAUAUUGUCAUUCUGUCCUAGCCAUAUGUAGUAGUCUCAUCUUUAUCUCAUCUUUCCUUCCUUGGAAAUAAACCACUCCGUCUAGGAAGUGAUGGAGUUGAUCUCUGGGAUAAGUGUGGUGAGCACCUAGAGUGUGUGUACCUGUGAAGUGUGAUUGAGGUGUGUUUGAGUAUUUGUGCAGAUGAGUUAACGAGUAUGGGACUGUGUCAGAUUUUUAUAAAGGUGCAAAAACUAUAUUCUUUUGUUGAACUUGUAUAACCCAAAGUAUGUGUGUGUGUGAACGUGUGCCAACUUUCUGCUAACACUGAAUGUACUCCAGGAUUAAUGUUAUCUGAUCAGAGUUCACUAACAGGUUGUUGUUACAGUUUAAAUAGCCAUUUUCAGGAGUAUAUUAUUAUUGACUAAAUAUUUCUAAAAUGUGAAAAUUAUAUUUUCAAAUUGAUUCGGUUCUUCAUGAUUAAAUAUCCCUAUUUGAUAUGUCCCUAGUCUCAGUGUAGUUGUAGAAGUGGAUGGAGAAGUGUCUGUACGUGAGAUAUCGGUGUAAAUGAAGCAAGCAUGUAUAAAUGUCUUAUACAACUGCCAGAACAUUCAUCAUAGGACUCAUGUGUAUGGGUAUCUAGCUUAUUACAACAUUGUCAUUUAUUGGUGCAAACUUUUCCUCUUUAUUUUUUUUUUUUUUUAAAUAUUAUUAUAACAGUAAGAUGUUAUGUAUGGUUAUUUAUUUGUAUACAUUUAUUAUACUGAUAAACCUUAAUGUGUAUGUCGGGAAACGAUCUGUGAUGUAAGAGGUAUCUUUCCUGUUGGGUGUAGAACUACAUUGUAUAACUAAUUUCAGUGCCUACAAAAGAUUUCACACAUCUAAAAAAAAAAAAAACCACUGAAAACAGUUUGUCAAGUUUUGAUAAUUCUUUUUUCUUUUCCCUGGUAACUCUAUCAAAAUUAGUUAAUAUGACAUAGUCCUUUCUAGAACAGGUGACAUUAGACAUCCAUUCUUUGACUGAAGAACAUUUCAGCCACAAGAAAUCAACCAAGCCAAAGCAAAAAUAUUAUAUUUCUAUCUUCUAAGUUAAGAUCCCCAAGGGAGAUAUGUUAGUAACUUAUUAAACACUUUGUAGUGUGAAGCUCAAACAAAUGCCAUUGAUACCAACAAGGUAUUAAAAUGUUAUUUUUUAUCCCCAAAUGAAAAAUCAAAAAUUUUCAGAUUGGAUGCAGAAUUGUUUUUUUGUACAAACAAGGUAUCCCUUUAUAUAAAUAGAUCUCUUACCAUGCAUCAUUAUCCUGGAUUAAGUGUCUGCCCUUGGUUUCUGGUUGUAGAUGUGUAUUAUGUGUACUGUGUUGUGUCUGAUGUCAUAUGUGUGUGGAGAGCCGCUCAUGUCAACUUUAUAUUUCAUUGUUGGGUGUGAGGAGGAUAUUGUACAUAAGAUGGAGGAAAUUGUAUAAUGCUCAGAGAACUAUAGAACUACUAUAUAAUGAUUAUUACACAUGGUCAGAGAUAGUAAUGAUAUUUAUGUGAUAAAUGAAGAAAAUAAUAAUACAUUGUGCCAGGAAGUUUUUUUUCUGCCUUUGUAAAAUUGAGUGAAUGUGUAUGUGAAUGUGAGUGAGAAGUUGUACAUUGUUCAAUUUGACAUGAUUAACAAGACACAAGCAUAGCUUUCAUUACUUAGUCCAUUAAAUGGUACUCACAAAGGAAAUCUCACCAAUUUAUUUCAUUAAAUGAAAUAUAGGUCCACAUACUGUGGUGUAUUAACAAACGUUCUACAUAUAACAUUGUGUCCAUAUAGAACCAAGGGGGGUAACUUUAUCAGUUUGACAGAAGAGUGACACAGUCCAGUUGUGUUUUCAAACUCCUGAGUUUUGGCACUACAUAGAUUUCUUUCCCUUUGUUAAGUGUGUUCCCUUAAUGCAAUUUAGUGCUAUUCUUACCACAAUUGCUGGUAAUCAUGACACAAGUUUUGGGUCCAGGGUUCGAAAUUUGGGCCACUUUAUAUAUUUAUUGGAACAUGUGUUGAAUCAAGGCAAUAUGUUUCUACUUGUAAUUGAUCAAUAUAGAGAAAGAUAGAUAUAAUGUUUUACAUGGGAAAAUACCAAAGAAAGAAACCUGAAAAUCCCAUACCAACUUACAUAUCGUAAUUUUCUCCAAUGAAAUUGUUAGCGAUUAAUGGUUAUAAGUCGCAUAUCUACAAAAGCGUUUCAGAUACUACAAAACCUUUAUUUUCCAAGACAAAUGUUGUUUUAGAUGGGUUGUAUCAGAUUAUUUAAGUACCUGUAGACAAAGUUGGAUAUAAUUACUUUUGUACAACUGAUCUUUCUUGAAAAGAAUGAAUUUUAUAAAACAAAAAAUAUGAAAUUAUUUUAUGUAACUUUAAAAAAAAAAAAAUCCAUUUAAUAUCAUUUUCAGUUUUGCUUUUCCAAAGAUUUUUUUACUUUGUCAGCUGAUAGUUGGCAGAGUAGCCGUGGUAACCAAGGCAUUUAUUUUGAAUGCAAUUUUUACCUGUAUUUCUGUUUUAUUUGUAUGCAUGAUAGUAUAAAGUUAUUUUAUUGGUGACAUGUUGACACAGUAUGUUGUCACCUGAGUUUGGUUCCAGUGGGAGUGGCCCGCUGAUGGUGCUUUUUUUUCUUUUCUUUUUUUUCCUUUUUUUUUUUAAUGAGACCAGCAGCCACUCAGCCCGACUUACUCUGUACACAGCUAAAUUAUGUCACUCUUGUUGUCGAGGUAAUCAAGAUGUCUUUUACAAAUUGACCAGUGUAUUUAUGUGUUACAGCAUUCUUGUUUCUGUAAUAAACCUCAAGUUGAAACUAAA